AUGCCUGAGGAGACCCCUGUCGUGGAGAGAAAGCUCAGUAAGAACGAGCUCCAGAAGCUGCAGAGCGAAUCCUAUGCUAAACGUCAGGCGUACAGAGAGAAGCAGGAGGCCACGAGAAAGUCUCUGAAGCACGUGAGAAUCGAGGAAUCGGACGUACAGAGCGAUGUUGAGCUUCCUAGAAAGAGAUUCUACAGACAGAGAGCACACUCGAACCCCUUCAGUGACCAUCAGUUGGAGUACCCACGCUCGCCAGACGACAUGGACUGGUCGAGACUGUACCCGUACUACCACGAUGAGGCCACUGGGGAGAUGACCAAGAGGGUUGAGAUUGCCGAUAUUGGAUGCGGAUUCGGUGGGUUGAUGGUUGAUCUGUCGCCAGAGUUCAAGGACAAGCUGAUCUUGGGUAUGGAGAUCCGUGUGCAAGUGACACACUACGUGGAGGACCGUAUCAUUGCACUGAGACAGAAACAUCUCGACACCAACGGCUACCAGAAUAUCAACGUCUUGAGAGGAAACGCCAUGAAGUUCUUGCCGAACUUCUUCCACCAAUCCCAGCUGGAGAAGAUGUUCUUCUGCUUCCCAGACCCUCAUUUCAAGCAGAGAAAACAUAAGGCUAGAAUCAUCACAAACACUUUGCUUUCGGAGUAUGCGUUUGUCUUGAAAGAAGGUGGUAUAAUAUACACCAUCACAGACGUUCUGGAUUUGCACAAUUGGAUGGUUAAACAUCUGGAUGAGCAUCCACUGUUUGAAAGAUGUGGCGAGGAAUGGGAAGCCAACGAUAAAUGUGUUGAGAUCAUGACAAAUGCCACUGAAGAAGGCCAAAAGGUUACGAGAAAUAAAGGUAGCAAGUACGUCAAAUGCUACAGAAGACUUCCGAAUCCAAAGAGUUUAUGA